GCAGGGUCAGUUGCUCCUGGAACCCACUCACAUGGGAGUCGAAGACACCGCGUCUAGCCACAGAUGGCGAGAGUUGGACAAGACCGAAAGAUAUUCCACUGGGCUGGUCAUUUUCUGCUUGCUCGGAAUGCUGCCACUGCUCUUCACCAUCGCCGUAUUGGGUUUCUUCUUGUUCACCCAAGAACCGGCGCCCAACAUACCACCGCCCGCCACUGCGUCGAAGGUGCCGUCGAUCACCGCCGGACCCUUGCUUUGGGAGCAAGCGGCGAGAAACGAGUUCCCGUGCGGCACGAACGAGUGCCGUUCGUUGAGCGAGCGGCUCAGACUGCAGGUGAAAUUCACCGCCGACCCGUGCGACGACUUCUACGACUACGUGUGCGGCAGAUACUGGGGCGACGUGAACGGCGCCCUCUCGGAGGUGAAUGCAGUCAUGCGAAGUUACACCAUUGCGUCCAUUGGCGAGACGACGGUGCCGGCUACGGGGCAGAAGGCCUGGCAUAAGGCUGCGGGACUCUUCAAGGCUUGCGUGGCGCUGGCCUCGUCGCACCGCAGCGAGGUGGGUGACUUGACUGCGUGGCUAGCGACCCUGGGCUUGAACCUGAGCAACUUGAACCCUUCGGUCGACCCCGUGGACAUGAUAGUGCGCUCCUCACUUGAUUUUGGCAUCGAGGCUGUCUUCGCUGUCAGGGCCUCUGAGCGCUCGUUCAUCGAAAGGAAACGGUCUAUCGAGACAGGACGUGACGUCAAGGAGUGA